AUGGAGGCAAAUCAAACUUCUUAUUGCAACAAGAGCUUUGAUUUAGAGAGUGGAGCAGAAGCUGAACCAGGCCAGAGUCUCUUCACGAAACUUUCUAUGAAAACACUUUUUGUAUUACCUGCUAAAUUGAACUCCAGAGCAUCAGAAGAACAAGCAGUUCUUAAAGGAUUUCGAAAUGUCAAUGGAGACAUCCAUGUUGACAGCCAGGAAGAGGGGACCAGUACUGGUGGCGAUGAGGAUCCCAGAAUAGUUGGUCUACUUCCAGAAGUACUACAGGCUCAACAGGAAAUACCACAGAGCAUCAACAGUGCUCACACUACUCUGGAUGCUGGUACUGGUGACUUGUUUGCCCUGGAGACCAGUGCUGCUGCCUCAAUGUUCUCAGGGGAGCUGGGAACCUGUGCUGCAUCUCACCUUGAGGCUGCUGCUGGUGCCUCAGGUGUCAUUGAAGCUGAUGUUGGUACCUCAGUUGACUCUAAAGCCGGCACUGGUGUCUCAGAUGACUGUGAGGCUGGUGCUUGCAGCCCAUCUGACUUGGAACUGAAGGAGCCUGAGCAGAAUGAGCCAUCUCUUUGUAGUCCCAAGUCUCUACAUUUGCCUUUGUCUGAAUUCAGUAGAAAAAAUGACAAGGAUGUCAUUCUUGUUCAGGGUACUUUGGUUCAUACAACAAGUGACACAGAGUCAGACAAAGAAGCUACAGACCUACACUGUGAUGAAAAAACAACAAACCAAUCUAUGAUCAACAGUGCUGUGACUUUGGAGCAGGAAACAGAGGAAUAUAGGCAAACUAAUGGUACUACGAGUGGAGACAAAACAGAAGCAUCUCUACCAGCCUCAAAAGUGCCUGUAGCAGAAAUGGAUGAUAUGCUGCAGGAAACUGGCUCCAGUAGUGAAAACAUAAUUCUAGGAGAUGAGUACACCUUUAGCCUGGCUGCUACAGGAGAAGAUGCUCAGGAGUCUGGAGAAGAGCAAGGAUCUCUGGCAAGCAGUUCAAGCAGUAUAUCCAUCCAAAAACCGACUGCAACUGAAAAGUCCUUUCAGCUUCCUGCCUUCUUUAGUGGAUUACGUGUACGGAAAAAAGGACAGCCUAGAGAUCUGGGGGAGAGUGUAACUGAAAUCAAACCGAAGGACAGUGACUUGGCUAUGCUUAAAUUAAGACAGCCUGUUAAGAAAUCCAAUAUUGCACCUGAUUUGUUAUCGAAAAGGAAAAUAGCUGAACCUAAAGCUAGUCCAACCUUUUUGGAACAACUGUCUCAACUUUUAGGGCCUAAACAUGAUGAUAAAGAUUCUAAUGAGAUGAUAAGUGAAUCUGGAGGCACUGAUGAUAGUCAAGAAAGCAAAUCUUCCGAGCAAACAGAACCUUCAAACCCCCCUGAAGAAAUCAAACCAAGUCCUGCUGAGUCAGCUCUGGAUGCAUUUAAAGCUUUAUUCUCGCGCCCUCCCAAAAAAGAAACAACUGCGGACACUUCAGAGUUAGAAGCAUUAAAACGCAAAAUGAGACAUGAAAAGGAAUCUUUGAAAGCAGUAUUUGAAAGGUCACAAACAAAAUAUGGGGAUGGAGCAAGCGAUACAAAACCAACUGAUACAAGUUCUUCGGAACAGGAUGACAAGACUCCAGGAAGACUCCAGACUAUCUGGCCACCACCCAAAGCAAAAGAUGAAGAAGAGAAAGUUGGAUUAAAGUAUACUGAAGCAGAAUAUCAUGCUGCUAUUUUGCACUUAAAGAGGGAGCACAAAGAUGAAGUUGAAAAACUGAAGUCCGAGUUUGAACUCAAAGCCUUUCAUAUUCGAGGAGAGCAUGCUUUGUCAACUGCAAAGCUCGAGGAAGACAUUGCAGAUUUAAAAAAUGAACUGGAGAAAAUAUUACACAGGAGAAGUGAGGAAGCAAAGGAUGCCUGUGUAUCCACUGAAGAUGACCAUCCACCAAAGACAUACAGAAACGUAUGCAUACAGACAGACAGGGAAACUUUUAUAAAGCCAAGUGAAGAUGAAAACCGGACAGCCAAGAAUAACCAAGCAAUACCUAAGAAGCUUAAUAUAUCUUGCUUGAAUAAUAGUAUUUCUGCAUCAAUUGAUCAUAAGGAAACAUGCAGUUCAGGCCAUGCCUCAGGAAGGUUUCCAUCUCCAUUGCCACCACCUCCACCUCCUCCUCCACCUCCUCCACAUGGUCCAAUUCUUCCAGCACCAAGCUUUGAAACCUCCUAUCCACCACCACCACCUCCACUUCCUGUACCUUUGGUGACUCAUCAUCUUCUACCACCUCCACCACCAGGGCCACCUCCAACUGGAGGGGGACUGCCUCCUCCUCCUCCACCGCCACCUCCUGGGGCUAAUUUCCUUCUUGGGAGCACAUUAUCAAACCAAGGUCCUCGAAAACCUGCUGUUGAACCAACCUGUCCCAUGAAGCCACUGUACUGGACUAGAAUACAAAUCAAAGAUUGCAGCCAAAAUGAAGAACCAACCCUGUGGGACUCAUUAGAAGAACCCAACAUACACGAUACCAAUGAAUUUGAAUCCUUAUUCUCCAAAGAAACAGCUCAGGAAAAGAAAAAACCUUUAGCAGAUUCUUAUGAAAAGAAAACAAAAGCCAAAAAGAUUAUCAAACUGUUGGAUGGAAAAAGAUCUCAAACUGUAGGAAUUUUGAUAUCCAGUUUGCAUUUGGAGAUGAAGGAUAUACAACAAGCUAUACUAAAUGUGGAUGAUUCAGUAGUAGACCUAGAAACACUGGAAGCACUCUAUGAAAACAGAGCACAAAGGGACGAACUGGAGAAAAUAAAGCAGCAUUAUGACACUUCAAAAGAAGAAGAAGUAAAACUCCUGGACAAACCAGAACAGUUUUUGUAUGAGUUAGCCCAGAUCUCCAAUUUUGCAGAACGGGCCCAGUGUAUAAUCUUCCAGUCUGUUUUCAGUGAGGGGAUAACUGCAGUACACCGUAAAGUGGACAUUAUUAAUCAUGUUUCUAAGGAGUUGCUGGACAUGAAAACUGUGAAAGACAUUUUGGGUUUGAUUCUGGCUUUUGGGAAUUACAUGAAUGGAGGAAACAGAACACGUGGUCAAGCAGAUGGAUUUGGUUUGGAAAUACUUCCCAAACUGAAGGAUGUUAAAAGUAGAGAUAAUAGAAUUAAUCUUGUGGAUUAUGUUGUGACAUAUUUCCUACGCCAUUGUGACAAGGAAGCAGGAACAGACAAGAGUGUGUUUCCUCUACCAGAACCACAGGAUUUCUUCCAGGCAUCCCAAGUCAAAUUUGAAGAUCUAAUAAAAGACUUAAGAAAACUAAAGAGAGAUCUCGAAGUUUGUGAAAAGCAGAUGAAAGUGGUUUUCAGGGAUUCGCCAGAAGAACAUCUCCAGCCCUUUAAAGAUAAAUUAGAAGACUUUUUUCUCAAAGCUGUAGAAGAACGUAAGAUUGAGGAGAGCCAUUUGGAGAAUGCACAAAAGAGCUUUGAAGAAAUGGUGGGAUAUUUUGGGAUAAAGCCAAAGUCUGGCGAGAAGGAGAUCACACCAAACUACGUUUUCACGGUGUGGUACGAGUUCUGCAGUGACUUUAAGACCAUUUGGAAACGAGAGAGCAAAAACAUUUCCAAAGAAAGACUCAAACUGGCCCAGCAAUCAGUGAGCAAGUUAACUGCAGAAAAGAAGGUGGAUACAAAGAAAAUCAAUCCCACUGCCAGUCUGAAAGAAAGACUACGUCAGAAAGAAGCCAGUGUGACCACCAACUGAAAGAAGACACAUGAAAAUAAUGACAGUGUGACUUAAUACCUAGCAUGAUGCUUCGUUCUGCCCAUUCCCUAGGGAGCGCCUUACUUUAGAUGUUAUGGAGUUCUGCUUUGCUCUUCUUUUCCUCAGACAAUCCUCAAAAGACUUCUCAAUCCCUUGGCUUAUACAGAAGAGGGAGCACAAAGAACUUUGUUUACAUGUGAAUUAUGAAGAGUUUUGUAUAACAUUUCCCGUAUGUGGCUUUAAAUGCAGCUCUUUUCUUGGGGAUUGAGUGCUCUAUGCAAAAUGCACAAGUUGUUGAAGGAGGUCAAAAUCAGUAAGUGAGGCAAUGAAUUUACAGAGUUUUAUGUUGGGUACAAAAGAGGUGUGAGAUAGCUCCGACAUGUCUCUUGCACCUUAAAUUCAUAGGCUGCCACAUUUAUUGAGUGCAAUAUUUGUUUUAAAUGAUUUUGAUAGCAUCCAAAUGAUUAUUACCUUCAUGAAAAAUGUGGAAACUUAAGUGCAUCAGAUGUAUUCUGUAUUUUAUUACAAAUAUUUUUAAUAGGAACCUCUAUCUAUGCUAUAGAAGUGGAUAGUACUGUUUUGCACAUGUGGAGAGAUGAAUAAUCUCACUAUCUCUGAUCCUGCUGAGUAAGUUGUAGAUAAGAUAUACCUUGUGCAUUAAUGAAUGGUUCAUGUUUUGUUCCUUGUGUUCUCUUCAUGUUGUCUAAUGGAAGAAGGAAGACUUUCCAUGUCAACAUGAAGUUAAUUUAGCCAUGCUCAAGAACGCUUUAUUUAUAAUCAGCCAUCUGCAGAUAACAUGCAUUUCUAUAAGGUCAUAUAUUUAUUGUUAACCAAUGUCAAAGCAUAUAAUCUUUCAUAGUCAGUACUUGAUUUUAGAACAUGUUUUCAUCAUUCUAUACACACACACACAUCUGUACAUACAUUAUUCAUAUUCACUCUGGUAUAUUGCCUUUGAAUAGAAAGAGAACUUUAGUCUCUUCUUAUGGUACUAAACAACUGGUGAAGUGUCAUUUAGAAUCUCUCCGAUUUGUCUAAGUAUGCCUCACAAAAAUCUUACUUUAAGAGAGAGAGAUCAAUCCUUGACAUGGAGAUAUGAUCCAGUAAAAUAGGAAGAUGAUGACUGAUCAAAGGGAAUUCAGAAUGAGGCAACAAAUAACUAUUAGUUGAUUCAACUAUUACAGAAAGUAGGUAGCAUUAAGAAGAUGACCCAGGGUUCUGCACUUGAGAGGAGACUCUAGAAACCUACUCCCCCCCCCUAAAUAGUGCCUAAUUUUACAUUGCUACCCAUGCUCACUUGCUUACAAUCUACUCUCGUUCUCUGUCUUCUUCCCCUCAGCUGCUACCUCUGCUGUAGAAUAUUUUUUGCAUGUCUGAAGGAAUGAUCUCCUCAUAAGAAGUGUCCAUUCUUUUGAUUCAGAUCUACUGUGCACAAUUGUAAGCACAAAGUGGUGUUUCUGGAUAGGGUGGGGCCUUUCUCCCCUGAUCAACCCCUGCAACCCCCACCCUCCAUCUUUCAGUGAUAACAGGAGAAAAGCUGCUUAGUCAGAUUCAACUGCCUACAUUAGUCCUGCCAUUGGUCUUGAAAUCCAUCUGUAAUAAAUAUGAUUUUCUCUUCAUGUAAAGUGUAUGGACACAUCAGAUCUCUAAAGUAAAUAUUAUGUACAUUCAGUAUAUGAUGGUCACUGUUAUGCCACCUUUCGGUGUAUUUUCUCUCAUAAUUUUGGUCUUAUUGCUACAACGUGAGAUCUAUGCCACUCAACUCUGUAUUCUUACGGCCUCAAAAUCAUUCCCUCAUCUUCUUUUAUAUAAAAAUAUUACAUUAGAAGUUCAGUCCCAAGUAGAAUUGCACUGUUCCAAGCCCAUUGGUUUUAAUUGAUUUAAAUGGUGUAACUCUGCUUAUGAUCACAUUGCUAGUCAUCCAAAUAUUCCUAGGCUGAAAUAGGAUUCAAAGAACAAUGGUAAUGAAUGGAGUAUUGUAAAAUUAAAUUGAGAAAAGAAAACAGAAGAGAAGGGAAUUUUUUUCUCUAUAGGGUAAGUAAAAUUAGAAUUAAUAAGAAGCCUAGGCAAGCUUGAUGUAAGUUAUUAAAUAUAACCUGGUUCUUAAAUGCUUUUCAUUUACUGUUACAAGAAAUUAAUGUAUAACUAUCAUUUGAAAGAUUUAAUAUGUAGAUUCUUUUUUAUGUUAUCCAAGCAGAAUUAAAUGGAAAAUUUCUAACAAUGCAAUCGUAAGUAGAAUUGCACUCUUCCUAAAUCCAUUAAAAUCAAUGGGCUUAGGGAGGGUGUAACUUCUGUUGUAAGACUACCAUUCAACUACCCUCCACAGAAAUGUUCAGGCAGUUAAUGAAAACAUAGGGGAUUCUCUCCCAUGUGGAAACCUAGGAUACCUCAUUGAUCUUACAAUUUUCCAUAUUGAAGGAAAGCAAAUUCCAAAACUUGAUACUCUGUUUUCCUUUGCAAGAUACACAGAACUUGGGAUAGUGUAACAUCAUUCUUUGAUUGACUUAGAUUGGUUUAGGAUUGGGCCCCUGAGUGAUGUACAUCUUUUUGUGUGAUUGCUUUUAGUCUGCACAACAAAACUGUAAUAGAAAUGUGGAGUAGGAAAUAUAUCCAUAAUUCCUAAUAAUAUACUUUAUGUAGCUUUCUGUUUAAAGCAUUUAUAAGCAGCUAUACUACUAUUAUAUCAGCUGAUAAAGAGUUGGGCCAAGUGACCUAUACUUUCACAAGAGAUGUAAUUGUAAGAAGAGGAGGACUGAAUGCUGUCCUUUACUUGGUUUUCAGAGAGGGACAAACCAAAGAGUUAGAUAGAAAGGUCAGAAACCUGUUUACUUUUUGCUCUUUACUACCCAGGCACUAUCCUUUGAUGUGUAGAAUGCUAUUCUCAGGGACUUCCUCUUCAUGACAUCUCAUCUUCCUCUCUUUGUCACACUCUCCACUUCUUUCUCUUGGCAUCAUGGAUGCAGGACCACCCAUUCUGCCAUCCAUUGGCAUCCUAAGACUAGACAGCUACAUAGAGACCUAUCUCUCACUUUCCUUUCAUGUACAGAGUUCCAACAAUAAAGAACUCUUAUUUCUUUUCAAUGGUUAACCAAGGCUCUGAGUGUAGGUUUGUUUCUGUCUUACAUGUACACUACAAUGCAGGCUCCCACAUUCCAUGUUUCUCUGCUUACUAUGCAUCUCUGUUGACCAUAAUGAAUUCUGUGUUCUUGCAAAUUCUUUUCAGCAAAAUACCACUCUGAAACACCACUUUGAUUGUCAGAUAAGCCUCUCUGAAAUACAUGACCAAUAUAAAUGGUGGUGUUACUGACUGAUCUUAAUAUUAUAUGCUAGCAAUGAAAGAGUAUUAUCAUUGGCACCAAUCCAAAACAUAGUAGUUCCAUUUAAAAUAAUCUAAUGUAUGUUAUAAAAUUCUUGUGUGGUAUUUGGAAGGUAUGUUAUAUAAAGAUUAAAUAGAAAGAUAAGAAAGCAUAUGAAGUGUCUUUAGCACCUGAUCCACAGUCUAGAUCUUGUAGGAGAGGUUCUGGUACUGAUUGCAGUCCAAUGAAAUUAAGCCUUUUUAAGAUCCGUUGAUUGAAGCCGGGAAAAUUAAUACAUAUUUUCUCUUUGAAAAUGUUGUAAUUUAAAGAAUAAUUUUGGCUGUUUCAUAUCCUCUGGGUUUACUUUCCUCCGCUCUCAUCUUUCAGGCAUGUGUAAGGAGAAAAUGGUUGAAGUCAGGAGACUGUGUGAGAGAAUACACAUGACCAUUUACAAAUUGCAUGUAGCCUUUUGGUAAGCUGAUUAUUCCUGCUAUUUGCCAUCAGGUGGCAUGGAGAAAUUUAUCACAUUUCUGCAUCUUAUCAGAAGUCUAGGGAAGCAGGAGAGUUGUAAGAUUCUCUAUAAUGCAAAACAGGACAAUACAGACAGGUAUUCAUUAGUUAAGUUGACUGUUGUGACAGAUUACUGCGCGGUUGGUUGUUGUCUGUAUUUGUCCUGUGUAAUGUCUGAGCACCUGAGAUGGACAAUUCUGAAAAUACAAAGAAUGGUAUUUUUACAUGUGUUCUUGCUUUCUUUCAGUGUCUUAAAGAUAUGAAUAGGGGAAAGGAAUAUUACAAUUUAUGCUUAGAAAAGACCAGUAUCAAAAAGCAUCAUGACCAGUAUCAAAAAGUAUCA